AUGGCGUCGAAAUUUGAAGAAGGUCGCCAUUGGGCACAAGUUAUUUUCACCCAUGACAGCAAACCUCCCGUCCUUAUUGAUAAAGAGCAGAUCACACUGGGCAGGAAAGAAGGUACGAGAACAGGGUACAAAAGGCAAUCGAAUGUCAGAGAUGAUUAUUUCACCCUUUAAUAUAAUGUAUACACGGGAAAUCGAUCAGCUAGUUAGGUUCUUUAUUCUGUAUAUUAUAUGGUUAACAUGCAGCUUUAGGCAGAUCAAUUUCCAAGGAUGACUUAGAGAUAAAUGGAAUACGUACUUGUAUUUAAUAAGGGAAAAAUGGCGAUGAAACCCAAAAGAUUUCUUUUUAAUAUGUUUUGGUUUGGUUUUGUUGAAUGUGAGUUUAUUCAAUACACAGCAAUAUUCAGCUCUAGCAUUCCAAUCAUGGUGAACUAAAUGACCAAUUAAAAAUUUCUCAUAAAUUAAUUCGAUCAAAGUGUUCGAAUGCAAUAACAAAAGAUGGCAAGAUUUUCAUAAACAUUGUAAUUUACUCUAUACUUCCUUAUGCAUGCAGUUUCUUGAUGAAAGAAACAGUGACGAAACAAAAGUUCACUUUAAGAGUAAUGCUCAGCCUUUGUUUAAGAACAGUAAGGGACUACACAGAGAUCUUACGUAGAAAAUAGUUUGCAUUGUGAGAAGCCUCCUGUCAUAGCCGUCAUAAACUGCAGAACCUCUAUUUACAACUUUGCUUUACAACUACUCAAUGUUAGUAUCAGCUGUGACAGCCAUGACAUACACUGUACCCACCCAUUGCAAGAGAAAGCUGAAUCUAACGUUAUAUCUCAUAGAUUGUGAUAUCAGCUUUCCUGGCUGCAAAUUUGUAUCUGGUCAUCACUGUACUAUUACAAGAGAUCCAGGUGGCACAGUUUGGCUUCAAGACUUUAGGUGACUCAGUAAAUUGCUUUUAAUUCCAUGCAAACUUCUCACAGCAAUGAUCUAUAUACACUCAUGCAUGUGUUAAAACUUGUGUUAGUAACUUACAGCUUUUGUUUUCUUGUUAGUACCAAUGGAUCAUUGUUGAAUGGGAAGAAAAUUGACAAAGAGAAGGUAAUUAUAUAAUAAUAGUUUAAUGAAGUCUGUGUGCAAAAUUUAAAAUUACAGGAAGUGACUCAAAUUAUAAAGAGAUAAAGAGAUAGACAAAUACUGUACAUAUAGAGUAAAGCCUUUAUACAGGCCCAAGUGGCCCAUGGGGCCAGCAUUAAACUUUGGUUUCCUUUAGCAUGAAGCAGCUAGGUGUAUUGCUACUCCCCCCUGGAUGGGAUGCUAGUCCAUCGCAGGGUUUACCCCCAGUAUAUUUUGCUGGUACUCAUUUGUACACCUGGGUGAAGAGAAGCACUGUGAGAGUAAAGUGUCUUGCUUAAGAACACAACACAAUGACCCCAGCCAUGGCUCGAACCUGGAUCACUUGACCCAGAGUCGAGUUGACUAACCAUGAGGCCACUGCGCUUCCACUCAUUGUACAUACAGUCUGGGAAAUAGACAGAUCAUGAUGAACAGUUCGAUAAUCAAUCAUGUAAACAAAAACCAUGAAAUUUCACUUGGUAUCUCAAAUAGCUUUACUAGAAGUUGGAAGGUACAUGUAUUAACCCUUUACACCCUAACAUCAGUAUGCAUAUUCUUCAUACUGUUUUCUAUACAUUUCUUAAGGUGCUGACAAGGAGAAUUUGCUUAUCAAUCAAGAGAAUAUUUAGUUGGUGAUAAUUUCCUUUAUUCUCAUGACCUUACUGUGUGAUGCAGGGGUUAUACUGUUGGGAGAAGUUAUAUGCUAGUCACUCUCAGAGGUUAAAGGGUUAAAAGAAGAGUGCAUAACCAAUAAACAAUACAUGUAGAUAAGCUUUGAAGAUCAAUUAUGGUGAAUGUCAUUAUAUUGACAGUUAAAUUAUUGGUGGUAAAUUCUGCCACAUGGGAGGUCAUGAUGCUGAGAUAUGGUCCACUGUUGUUUUCUCUGUCCUCCUGCGCAUAACAAGAAAGAGGAAAGCGAAGAGACCUUGGAAAUCAGGAGCCCUUACUUUUGUGUUUAAUCAAUUGUACAGAAUUAAUAACCUGUCACCUCACCCCUCUCUGCAGCCGCACACCCAACUGAUUUAUACAUAACCUCUACAUACACUCAGUCUGAUAUUAUCAUUAUCAUCAAUUCAUCAUCAUUUAGUUAUUUUCCUUUUUAACAAUACAACAUUUUUUUACAGCAUUAUAAUUUAUAGAAAGUGAGGAGACCCAGGUAGCCACCGGGCUUAUGGGGGAGGGCCACCUGACUUACAACACAAUAGUUAAAAAGGGAAUAAGUGCUGCAAAUGUGCGGUAAAAACUCUUGCAAUUUCAUUGUAAAGCUAAAAAGAUUUGACGAACAAGUGACUGAAACAGGAAGAGAGUUCCAAAUUUUAAGACCUUGGUAGAGAAUUGCUUUAGAUUUGUACAACAUAUCUAGUCAUAUUUUUCUUACCAGAGUUUGUAAUCUGAGUGCAUUAAAAUUCAUGACUUUAAAAUCACCUUGUGUCCUGUAUCCAUGUAACUGUUAAAAAUUUAAAAUGGGACAUUUUGGUUCGGUGGUUUGGGUGCAGGACUUGUAAUUUGGAGCUUAUGAAUUUUAAGUCUCCCUCAAGUCUGUAAUUGGGUGAAUUCAUUGCCUCAGGGCUUCAUAAUAGGUUAUCUAAUUAACAGCCCAUUUCUACAAGUUAUGAUUUGUUUAUUCCUUGUGUGUCUUGUAUGUAACAAUAAUAAUAAUAGUACAUUUGUAUAUCGCACACAUCCACUACUUGUUGGAGAUGCUUUACAAAAUUAUCUCUAAAUCCACAACUUCACUCUAAGAAACUUAGAUAAUAAAACUAGCUAUAAACCUUAAAAGUAGAAUGAUAUCCAAUAAAUUAAAAAUGUAAUGAAGAAUCACUCUUAGUAAAUUUAGUAAGAGGGAAGGUCUUGAGUGUUAUCUUUAAUGAUAAAGCUGUACUAGAUUUUCAUAAAUCCAAGGGAAGUGUUCCAAAUCUUUGGAGUGUAUACAGAGAAAGCUCUACCACCUUAUGUUUUGGUUUCACAAUUUGGCUAUAGCAGCUUUUCUUGAAAGUUUUGAGCAUAGAUAACUAGAAUAUCAGUGGGUAAUGUUUUUAUCUGUAUUAAAUUUCCCUUUUUGGGAACAAAGAACCCUCUAUGCCACUACUCAGGUGAUAUGUAAUACCCAUCUUGGAAGCAAAGGUUCAGUUGCUAUUCAAGCCUUGAUUACUUGAGGGCCUUACUUGGUGCAAAUUAGGCCAAUUGCAGUUUUUCUAUGGUUAUGCUUCUUGUCAUUGAGUAAUAUGUAUUUUGACACUUCAAUGUAAUGAUGUAGUUAACGUGUGUACAUUUGUUUAUUGUUAUUGUUUUUUACAAAUCCUAGUCUUCCAUUAAUGAGAUGUUUUUCUUACAGAAAAUACAGAUCAAUCACAAUGACCAAGUACAAAUAGUUCAUCGAAAGGAUCACCCUGGAAGUGGUAAAUGCUUUUUCCUAGAUACAAAAAAAGACUCUCAUGUAGCUUUGCUGCAUAGAUAAUAAAUUGGUAAAUUCAUGUAACAUGAAACCUUUCCAUAUGAUAUCCAGGCAUACAUUAUCCAAAAAACAGGUAAUGAGAAUACUCAAUUUUAUCAGGUGGAAGUUGUUUUCUUGAUCUUUCACCAAAUUCUUGUAAUCAAUUUUUAAGGAAAUGUAAAGCAGCUUGAGGGGAAAAUCAACAAUCAAAUCUUGCGAUUGAAAGGGUUAAGUGUCCAAAUAUGUCUCUAUUUUUCUAGAUAUAGCAUUUGUUUUUCAAGAUUUAAAGGUUUUGAAAGAAGAAGCAAAAUUACUAGAUAACACUUUGGAGUAUGACAAUGAUACAGGUAAGUAACAGUGUUGCUCAGGUUGUCUAAUGAGAAAUAUUUUUCUUAAAGAUAGAGUACAAGACUUCAUUCAUUUUUGAUAUUAUACAUCUGUAGAGGAAGAUGUUUGUGAGGACGAAGAUGUCAAACCAAGUGAGGCAGCAUUUGUUUCUCAAAAAAGGUCUCAUAGUGAGGUAAACUAAGAUUAAUAUUAUUUGCAUUAUUAUUGUAAUUAUUGUUACUAGUAUUAUUAUUAUUGUUAUUAUUAUCAUUAUUUUCAUAGUUAUUAUUAUUAUUAUUAUUAUUAUUAUUUUUAAUAUUAUUAUUACUGCACCAUAUAUGUUUCUUUUAUCACCUUAAAAACAUUUACUGUUUUUGAUUAAUCUCCACAAUCACUAUCAAUGACAAACACAUUAUUCAAGGCCACUAUUGAAAAAUUGUUUUAGGCAUUGUCAUUUUGUCCUUGUAAAAAUUAAUACACUAGCAAAUUAUUUUACAUCCGCAUGUAGGAACAGUCUGAAAGCACAAGUAUCUACAGUUAACUGUUAGUUAAAAUGUACAUUUAAGGCUGGAGAUACAGAUGAAGGACCUGUGUCAAAAAGGAAGCAUCAAGAAAGUGAAGAGGGAGCUUCCAGUAGCAAAAAACCUGAGCUUCUUCCUCAUAACUCCAUUGCUGAUACUCUGCUUUGUAGUAUAUGCCAAGUAAGGUUAUUAAGAUUUUAUCAUUCCACAUGCAAAGGUUUUUGUUCUUGUAGCCAGCUGAGUGUUUUGCAGAUAUGCCAACUUCUGAAGAUUUUUACUUCUGUACCAGUCUUCCUUACUGAUUGUUCCUUUCUUGACCCUUCCUUAAACUACUAUAUAUAUUAAUUGUUAAAUAAAGAGGGUAAGUUUCCAAAGAAACUGUGGUGCUGUGUUGGUGGGAGAGAGUAACAGGGUAAUUUGGUAUUAUAAACUGAGUUGAUAAUGUAAAUUGGCCUCUGUCAAGGGUUUAAAGCUGACAUUUUGAGUGUUAGCCCCUCGUCAGAGACUUUUAUUGUUGUUGACCCCUCCCUCAUGACACCAGAAAGAUGUAUUCCAUUGAAAGAAGUUAUAAGUGUUUAUGCUAAAUAUUAUAAUGUGUUGAUUAGCUAUUGCUUUUUUUCUUUCAGGACAUCUUUCAUGAUUGUGUGAGGUAAGAGUAUCAAUACAUGCAGCAUUAGCAUAACAUGUUGUUCUCUCUUGACUAAGAAAAUUAAUGGAUUUUCUAUUUGCUAGAAGGCUCCAACCCUAGAAUAAAGUUCUUUGCUUAAUAUCUUCUUGGCACACAUGCAUUUUAAUAAAUGUUAAUUAUUAUAAAAUAUAAUAAUUAGUCUAUUUUAGACACAUUGAUUUGACAAAGUUAUAAAAUUUGAAAGAAAUAUGAUUUUUAUAAGUAAGGGGUAUAUCUGCCUUGUGAUAACUUUUCACCAAAAUGUCUGACUUUCUUUAGUUUACAGCCAUGUAUCCAUUCAUUCUGUGCUGCUUGUUAUUCACAAUGGAUGGAUCGCUCCAAUGAAUGUCCAACGGUGAGUAAAAGUUUUUUUGAAUUGUUUUAAUGGUUAAAUAAUUAAAGGAGUUCGACAGCCUGGUAUCCAUUGUGCUUGUUCAUUGCUGUAAAUGGACUUCUCCCGACUGGUAAUAUUCCAUCUGUGAGUACAUCUAACCAUUCUGCAACUCACAUCAAGGCUGGAAUUAUAUAUUAAUUCUGACUGUGGUUUGCACAUAGAACAUGGUGAUGGAAUAUUCAAGUCACAUCUUGGUCAAGGGUUGUUGUGCCAUAGGGUGCCCAGUAGAAGAUCCUGAUUGAGGGACUUUUUAACAUUUUAACAGUGAGCACAUGUUGCAGAGCAUCAGGUUGCUGUAGGGGAAGUUGAGGGUUUGAGCCCCAGAGCAGGGCACUCAGGGUCUUAAAAUAAUGAUGGAGAAUGUGUUGCCUUUGCCAUGACAUGUGUGUAUGGUUAGACAUUCUAAUCAUCUUAUCUCCUGCAUUUUCUCUAUGCUGGUCCUUAUGGGAUGUAAAAAAAAACCCACAACCUUUUUGCAGGUAACAUAGCUCCUGGAUUAUACAGGUCCCCAAUUAAACCAGCAGCAAACACUAAGCUGUUCGUAAACAUAUUUUCAGCUGCAUCUCAAAAUAUUUGAAAGAUAAUAAAAACAAUGGGCUCUAAUUUGCACAGAAAUAUGCUCGUGUAUUUGUCCCUGGAUUUAUCUGUUCCUCAAAGCUCACAGUUUUCCUCAAGCUUUGUUCUCGGAAAGUAUUACAUCAUAACUUUGUGACAUGGUAUGCAUGUCAGUAUGAAUUCAAUAGAAACUUAUCUUUACAGGUAUUAAUUGUCCAUAACAACCCAUUUUCAGUUUUCAGAGCUAAGUGAACAAUUUUUUAUUGAACUGCCUUGUAACCCAUCCUGUCUUUCUUUUGCUAGUGUCGUAAAAAGGUUGAAAGAAUUAGCAAAAACCACAUUAUUAACAACUUGGUAGAAGCAUUCUUGAAGGAACACCCAGGUACAGUAAAUGCAGUCUUUAAGGACAUUUUUUAACUGGCAUUAGAUUGCAAGCUAUUAAUGUUUUAGUUUAAAUAUCAGAGAAUACAGAUAAGUAGAGAGGUAUCCUUACACCUUAAAAAAGACGAUGAUAUUUGGUUGUAAUUACUCUGUACUUGUAUUUUGUCCUGUAAAUAGAGAGACAGCGAACAGAAGAAGAGCUAAGAGAAAUGGACAGUAACAAUAAAAUUACAGAGGAUAUGGUAUGUGGCUGUUAACCUUGUAACUCCUAUAAAUGACCAAGACAGAAUUCCUCCUAAUAAAACAAUAUCAAGCAGACAAGUGAUUAAAAUAAAGAAAAGUAUCAACUAGUCGAUUAGUAGUUGAUUCAAAACAAAAUUCUCCAAACUUUAAUCAUGAGAAUUGUAUGGUAGACAUUAAGAGAAUUACUAACAAAAUCUCGAGAGUGAAAGGGUUAUGAAUUAACUUUCAUAUCAAGUGAGUUGACACGAUAUCAUUUUGCAGUUUUCUUACAGUUUGUUCAGUCAUCAGUAGCUGCUUUGUGUUAACUUGUUCUAUUUUCUUCUGUUUAUUUUGCAUCAAAACCAGAAAUUAGUAACUAAAGCAAUCUACUUUCAAUUUAACCCUUUGACUUCUAAGAGUUACUGGCUUCUAAUUUCUCCUCAUAAUAUUAUGUUAGAAUCAAAUGUAAAAAGGUUAGUAGAAUAGAGGAAAUGAACACCACUUUUAGAAGCUCGUGAUUGUUAAACAAAUUCUCCUUAUCAGCACCAUGGGAAAUGUAAAGAGAACAGUGUGGAGAAUAUGAAUACUGAUGUUAGUGUGUAAAGGGUCAAGGGUAAUGUAGUAAACUGAAGUUUCUAUGCUACUACACUCAAUUAUUUUUCAGCUAAGACCAAAACAUAUGAGAGGUUUGUUUGCGUCAUCAUCCUUUGGUGAAGAUGAUGAUGAUGGCGAGAGUGAUGUCAGUAGUGCCAGUGGUGUUGAUGACAGCAGUGAGUCUGAUGACCCUGAUAGAAUGUAUGAAACAAUUUAUCAUAUUUAUUUAUUGAUAUUACUUUGUAGAUACAAUUACAGGAUAAACAAUGGAGGCCUUUAGACACUAAGAUGGAUAUGUUGUGGUUCAAUUUUAUUCUUGGUUCAAAUUUUACUUUCUUUUGUUUUUGGUAUUGUAAUGUAUGAUUAUGAGUUUGAAACAAAGGAAAAUAAAACUUGAACCAAGGAUAAAAUUGAACCACAACUGACACAACUGCAAGUUCUUGAGCUUGCAAUUACAAAUCUGAAUUAUUUUGAAGGGAAAAUCACAGUUAUUGUAGCCAUCAUGAUACAACAACCCAACCCAACAACAAGUAACUGAUAACAAGUUAGGGUUAAUUUUGGUUUAGGGGAGGGGUAGGUGAACAGUCGCUCAGAUACGGACAUUGAUCUGGAAGUUUCAUGAAAAUGGAGAAUUUUUAAAAUCAAGUUAUCAAGUUGAACCUGUUAGAAGUUUCAUAGUUAUUCAAUAAGGGAAAGGCUUGAGUAUGGUUGUUAACAACAACAAUGCAAACUUUGUUGCAUGUAACAACAAUAGUAAAGCUUCACAAGGUAUUAUAUGUUUGCAUUAAGUAUUUUUCUUUGACCUUGAAAUCAAAUCUUUUGCUUACUGUUGAACUUGUUAAAUACUCAAGGUUUCUUGUGAACAAAGACCUGCAAAAUCCUCAGCAUGUUUAAUUUUAUCUCUUUCAUUUUAUAGCAGAGGUGCAACUUUCAUGCCUUCUUCAUUUGGGGGUUUAUUUGGAUUUUCUUCUUUAAUAAGGUUAGUUUAGAACUAAUUAAUUGUUUUUGGUUUUCACUAUAAUGGGUGAACAGAUGGCAUACAGUAGGUUAUAAAAAUAAGAAAAUAGUACAUGGCACAGAAAGAAGGUUGCAAUAACACAGUAGUUUGAACCUGCACCAGGCCAUGCAAUUCUGAGUUAUUUUUUGCAUUGUAAAAAAACUACCUUUAACUUGAAGGAUACUUCAAAAUGUCACUAUAAGACAAGAAAAAACUGUAGGAAAGGUAGGAAUAAGCUAGGAAGGUGUAGGGAGGGUGAAGGAUAAAGAUGUGUUAAAAGGAUCAACAACGGCAAACUUAAACUACAUAUAGUUCUUAAUUUAAGUUUAUUGUGAACACUCAGGUACUCCUUUAAGAAAUGUAAGUUUGCAUAACUGCUAUGAAAACAGUCAAGCACCCUUUUUUCAGUUAUCACAUAAACUAAGCCAUUUAGUUACAUUUUCUUUUUAAGUUAACUGUUAUGAAUUUAACUCUUUUUAUGAAGGUCUGUUCCAACAAACUGUCGACUCUGUCCUGGAUACAUUUCCCCAACCACUUUGACAGCUAUGGCCAGUACAGCUAGUGAAGGUGAGUGCAAGUUAAUGAACAUGGCAUCAGGAAUGAGAUAGAUACAGGGUAGGUCAAUGCUGUUACUUAAUUUUCCAUUGCUUAAUAGGGUUGCUUGGAAUUUUGGAAGAUGUUCCAAUGUUUAUCCCAUGAGAUGAGAAGCAACAGGAAUAUAGACUUUGUACCAUGUUUUAGAGGUGUAAAAAACUGAACUCUCACCAGAUGUGCAUGCAACACAGUUAUACACAGUUGUAUGUUUAGGGAAAUCAGGUUGUCAAAAAAACUGGUUCUGAAGAGGCCCAGGCUUGAAUCAAUGCUCUAAACUCAGAUACUUUUUUAUAUUCCCUGGUUGUAAUCAAAUGAAUGCUGAAUCUUGUUCUUCAUAUGAAUUCUAGUUUACUAAUCUUGUUGAAAGGUGCAUCAACAAGUGUGACACCACCUGACUACACAUGUACUCCUGAUCAGAUCCACAUCCUAUGUCAGUGCUGUCUUCAGCCAAUGCCACACAGAUGGCCUGAUUCAAUGACAGCAAGUAUUCCUGCCCAGAAGUGUAAGUUUAUCUUUGUUUGAGUUGUUGAGAUGUGUAAAUGUUCUCCCUCUCAGGCAGUAACAGGUAAAAUUUUACUGCCUGCAGUACUGCUACCUAUAUAUAAUCCUGCAUGGAGAAUUGAGCUUCUCUAGUGUUCCAUUAACAAAUGUAUCAGCUGUCUCCCACAGUGGUUAAACCUCGGCUCCCUAACAUCAGUAUCCUUAUUCUCAUUACUCUUCUCUACACAUUUCAUUUGGUACUGGCAAGGAGAUUUUGUUUAACAAUCAAAGCUUCUUAGAUUGGUGUUCCUUUUUCUUUAUUUUCAUGAUCCUAAUGAAUGAUUCAGCAGUACCACUCUAUGGAGAAACUAGGUGCUGCUUACUCCUAGUGUUCAAAGAGUCAACGUGUGUUUUUUGUGGGAAUAUUGUUUUAGGUUCAGUUUGUCAAAAGGCAUUUUGCCAUUUGCUAUGGGGCUGUCAUGGAAGUGGCUGUUUGGGAUGUCUCAAUAAAUUCAAAGGUAAAGAAAGUAACCAAAAUAUGUUACGUCUAAAUUAAAGUGUGUAUUUAUUUGUGUCCUAAAUUCGAACCACAUUGUUUGAAAGAAGUAAGACAGGCACAUACUGGUACAUGUAUAGACUAGUGCAUUAAAGUUUAUUUCCCCAGACAUUUGUUAUUUAUAGCCUUGUAAUUAUUAUAAUUAUUAUAUUUUUAAUUUGUGGCAGAUUUCAAUAUUGGAGAUAACACUUUCUUGGUAAUAAUCAACAACAAUCCAUAUGAAUCCAAAAUACUUAAGGUAAGUUUUGAAUAGUGCCAUUAUCCUUUAAAACAAGAUGCAUUUUUUUUAAUCUUGCAGUUUAUGAACCAUGACUUGGUUUCAGCCCAUGAAAAUGCCAGGAGAACCACUUUUUUAUUUUUCAGCAAAUUUACCUGAUGUGUAGUCUAUGAUAUUGUCUUCUUUUUAAGUGAUUCAUUGUGUAAUGUGUAAUUUGCACAAUGUAAGUAAAUGAAGCAAAGAAUUCUCUUUAGUGCUACCCUAAAUUGUUUUUUUUAAACAUUUUUCUCUUUGAGGGACUUUUCCUCAUGAAAAGGUAUUUUUCAUAACAGUUAUCCAACACCAGCUCCUUGACGAAUCUUCAAUAAUGAGACUCAGGCUGGAAAAUUUUUUACUCAAUGAGUAAGAAAUCUAACCCUUUCACUCCAAAAUAUAACAAUCAAUUCUCUGCAUUUAAUUAACGUUAAUCCAAUAAUAUCCCCUUGUUUAAUUGGUCUUUCUUCUCAACACUUUGUACUUGAAAUUGUAAUGAUAUACUUAAGGAAUAUUCCCUUUUAGUCACACCUGUGAGUGAAAAGGCUAACACGUCAACAUUUUCAUUCUCGACAGGAUUACUUAACCGAACAAAACAUUUGUGAAAAAGACUUGUUACAGAAGUGUGUUCUAAAGCUGGACUCUAAAGAAUACACGACAGUGGGUGGGUGGUACGUUUUGUUUUUGAUCUGAAGUAGAAGUGUAGAAGUGUCUAUUAAGGUGUAGGAGGGAUCUUCUCGUGAGGGAGAGGAGGAGGGGCGGUGGGGGAGAUGGGUGUCCAGCGCUAGCGACCAUCUGGCGUUUGUAGGCAAGGGCUAAGUGCACUCCAGUCACUCCAGGAUCCUUCUUCCCCCUCCCUCCUCCUUGCGGCUGUGCACUAGCUUAAAAGAUGUUCUUGGGACUUAAAGCUUUUGCUUUCUUGUGCAUUGCAGUCGAUGUGAGACAGAAAUCCAUGGGAGACCAAGUUUGGUUCGGAUUAGCGCAAGGUUCGAGUUAGCGCAGGUUAAUGUUAUUGGAAGUCAACUCAACUUAAACCUCAACACAAGUGAAGACUAAAGCAUUCUUGGUUAUUUUCUCCUAUAGAUGCAGCAAGCCAUGAUAUCAACUCAGAAAGUGUGCUUUGUUACAGAUGUGCAUUGCGGAAUUUCAAGGAGCUAGCGUAUCAGUUUCGUCGUGACAUACCAAUGGAUCAGCUACCAGGCAAGUAUCCUAGGAGUCUGUCUUUAUUUUUAUCACUCUAAUGAUUACAUGCAGGUGGGAUUGGGAGACUCAAAGUUCGUUUACCAACAAAAAAAAAAUUGGGACAAAGUUACAGAGACAAGAUACCCAUCGGUUAAACAUAUUCAUAGGUGAUAACAUGAUAAAAAUGGACGGAGCAGUCUAUAACACAGCAUGAGAUUUAGAGCGCUUUUCGAUAGAGUGUCGUAAAAUCAAAACCAAAGCUAUCCAGACAACCGGCCAGAAGAAAGGAAAAAACCUCAAGAGCCAAUCCCAGCGAUAAAGACGAGGUUGGUUUUAGUUUUGCAUAUGAUUGGUUGAGAGAAUGGUGGGAGUUUUCUGGACCAAUCACAAAGCGAUCUCGGCUUACUCUCCACUCCCAAUAGUAAAUUGCGUUAAUACACCGUCGAAGUACAAGCAUGAUCCAUUAGCUGUCCAGUUGGAGCUGAAAACCAAUUACGUUCUUGAAUUUUGAUAUCGGUUUGAUUACAGAUGAAAACAUUAUGUUAAAGUCAAAGGUAACCCUUUGUGCGCAUGUCCUUUCUGAUCACAGAGACAGUGCAUAGACGUGCUAAUUGUUAUUGGGGUAAACAUUGCCGAACUCAGAGGACUAAACCACUUCAUGCAAGGUAAGAUUCUUGUUGGCAAUAGUCAUGCUAAGUUAUGCUCUCGUUUCAGUGUCUGGUUGGAGGAAAAGUGUUGGUAUUCAGCGUACUCUGUGUUCUUUUUGUUUUCAGUCGCUUCAAUCACAUUUGUGAACAGACAAGAUUUACAUAGCUGACAUUAUCUUUAUCAGCAAGAAGUUUGCCCAACAGUUUGCUAGUAACUAUUACAGUAAAUAAUGCAUGGUGCAUCAUGGACCGCACUAAUCAAAAUACAAAUAUAUCGCAGCAUACUUUUUCAAACUGAUAUUGUCCUCGAAAUACCUCAUUUGUGUGUUAUUUAAUGUUUAUUUGAAUAAAAAAGAGAUGAACAAUUUUUACAAAUUUGGUCAAAAUUCCCUAAGUAAUUAUCAAA